AUGGCCCUGAAGCAGAAUGGCCUCAAUGGAGGUGCUCAUUUGAGCAGCGACAUUGACUUUAUCGCAACUCCCAAAGCGCCCGCUGACGUACUCUCUACCGGCAAGAAUCCUGGCUCUCCCGCUAUCAAGAACGCUCCGCUCCCCGCCGACGGCCCCGGAUACGAACAAUGGUCCAACAUCUUCCUCGGCGUCGCUCUCUACGGCGUUCCCCAAUGGCUAUCAUGGAAACUCGGCGGCGGCCUCAAACUUGCACUUUUUCUCGCCAUCUUCACCACGGUCCCUGUGCUCGUCGUCAUUUGGACCUUCAUGUCUAAAUUGAGCCCGCGAAUCAACGAUAAAGUCCAUCUUCCCGGCCGACCGAUCGAGUUCUACCUCACCUUCAAAACCGACCAGCUCCGCGCGCGAUAUACAGGCCGUCAUAAAGUCCCCAUGAGUAAAUUCUUCGAGCUUUAUUUCACAGGCCAAGUCGAUCUCAACGCCGACGCCCUUGAGGUACUUGAGUAUCGCCAUGAUUGGGCGACGUUUAAUUUCACCAGCGAGACAUUUAACUAUAUUUUAUUCACUUUCUUCCCCGAUGUUAUCCUUCAUUUGCGCUCGCAGGAUGAAGAGCAAGUCCGCACCAAUUACGAUAGCGGAAAUGAUCAUUACGCUUGGUUCCUCGGUCCACGAAUGAUCUACACCACCGGUAUCAUCUCACACCCCGAUCGCGAAGAAACGCUUGAAGAAAUGCAAGACAACAAACUCGCCAUCGUCUGCCAGAAAAUCAACAUCCAGCCCGGCGACCGCGUCCUCGACAUUGGCUGCGGCUGGGGAACCCUAGCGAAAUUCGCAAGCUUGAACUACGGCGCGCACGUCACGGGUGUGACUCUCGCAAGAAAUCAGGUAGAGUGGGGAAACGACGGUUUGAGAAAAGCAGGCGUUAGCGAGGAGCAGAGUAGACUAUUGUGCUGUGAUUAUCGCGAUAUUCCGGAGCAAAAGUUUGACAAGAUCACACAGCUUGAGAUGGCGGAGCAUGUCGGCGUGAGGCGGCUGACGGGGUUCUUUCGGCAGUGCUAUGACUUGCUGGAGGAUGAUGGGGCGAUGUACGUGCAGAUGUCGGGAUUCCGAAAGGCGUGGCAGUACGAGGAUUUUAUUUGGGGCUUGUUUCUGAACAAGUAUAUCUUCCCUGGCGCUGAUGCGUCUACGCCCUUGGCCUUUUACGUUGGAUGUCUUGAAAGUGCUGGAUUCGAGGUCAAGAGUGUUGAUACUGUCGGUAUUCAUUAUUCCGGCACUCUCUGGCGAUGGUACAGGAACUGGCUUGGAAACGCCGAAAAGGUCAAAGCCAAAUAUGGCGUUCGAUGGUUCCGAAUCUGGGAGAUUUUCCUGGCUUAUUCCACCAUCGGAUCCCGUCAAGGCUCCGCUACUUGUUUCCAGAUCGUGGUGGUCAAGAACCUCAACUCAACACAGAGAAUCAACGGUGUUUACUCUCAGUAUGGUCUGCAUGGUGCCUUGGAGGCGGCUCGAGCGGCCGGAAAGGCUGUUCUGCCUAAGUGA